GUGUUCGUUGUCAUGACAGCGGCCUUCGAUUUCCAGCUGCUGAGGCAUGAUCUUGUUCUUGGAGGGUCAGACUAAUUUUACUGACAAAAAUGGAUUCUGUGCCAGCUACGCACUAUGGCAAAACACACGAGAAGGAUCCUGUCGUCACAGUGUUUAACAACGAAAUAAAGGAGUUUAAGCUCUUUAUGAAGAAGGUUGUUACUUCCCCAAACUUCGACCAGACGUCUUAUGCAAAAGGGUCAAAAAUCUUGUUUGAAAUAUGGAACAAGUAUAACGACCGACUGCCAGCCUGUUGUUUUGAAGAGCGCGUGUUGCGGACUGCGGACUUUCUCUCGGACGUGAAGCUGUACAGGCUGGCCAUCCAGCAGGGCUAUGGGCGCUACCUGCAGCAGUACUGCUCUGCAGGCAUAGAGGAGAUCAGGGAUGUGGGCCAGUUCAACAGCACCUUCUUCCCCCAGGGCUUUGGAACGGAAAGGACAGGGCUGACGCUCCAUGCUCUGCAGGGUCUCAGUCUGUGCUCCUUCCUGUUGGAGAGGAGCGGGGGGGAGCAGUGGGACCAGAGCAGGGUGCAGAGACUGCAGCACAUCCUCAGCUUCCUGCGCAUCAUGAUGCAGGCGCUGCUGCCCCACGAGAGCCUGUGCUGGAUACUCUACAACGGCUCAUUGCAGAUCUACAACAUCUGCAGAUUUCUGAUGUCCCUGAAUUUGUGCUCACAGGCUCUGGAGUAUCUAGUGUGGGCCUGCGUGUGUUUGGAGACCUCCGUCCCCCUAAUGAGCCCGAGCUUUUUGGCCUGGAGGACCACACUCUACUGCGCUGCCUGCCAGUGCUACUACAGCUGCCAGGCCGGAGUGCAGGCUGAGGUGUUUGCACGAAGAGCCCUGGGCAAAGUCAGCGAGCUGGCCAAACUGGCGGAAAUGAGCAGCUCACCCACGUCCACUCAGACCCAGGAAGCCUUCAAAGAGGCCACAAUCAAGCUGGCUGUGAUGGUGUUUAAAAGAUCUGUGUACGAGCCCAGGAGGAGGCCCAAAGGCCUGUUCAGACCCCGGCUGAAGAGCAACCUCAAAGAGGCCAAGACGACGCCCUGGCCCCGCUCACCCACGGAGCGCGCUCUGAUGGGGCUCUUCGAGGGUGGGGCCGCCCGCUUCCUGGCCCUGACGGAGGCCCUGUGGGACGGCUCGCUCCGGCCCCUGCAGACAGGGGGCCCCGAGGAGCCCGAAAUGCAGGAGGUGGCCCUGGAGCUGCUCUCUGCUGGCAUCAGCAUCCUGGCAGGCGCAGGUGAGGUCAGUAAUGAGCAGAGCCUUCCCGCACACAUCAGUGGGAUCGCACCGCACCCCACCUCUCUGCUGGAUUUAGCAAAGGCUGGCGAUAACCGGGUGUCGGUGGAGGCAGCGGUGAAGUUUGCCAAGCUGCUGUUUCGGUACGAGCAGUGGGACGCCUUCGCUCGCCUCUCCAGUGCCCUCCUCACUCUGCUGCAAGGGCGGGAGCCGGAGCCGGAGCCGUGGCGGCGGGCGGCGCUGGAGCUCACGCUGCUGAUGGCCAUGGAGCCCCUGCUGGGGCCGCAGAGGCUCAGGCACUCCCCCAGGGACAGCAGCGCCGACGGGGGCCGCGAAAGAGAGCGGCAGCAGGUGAUGUCAGUGUCGGAGGAGAUGCUGGAGCUGGUGGAAACGCUGCACAGCACCGUCUGCGGCUCAGCUCAGCACCUCUGUGGACAGGAUGUGCAGCCGGACAGGGACCUGGUGUUGGACAUUGUGCAGUUUCUGUGGCUCAGGUGCAAGGCGGUAUUCCAGAGGGCCCAGGCGGGACACUGGGACUCCUCCCGCAGUCAGGACCGAUUGGAGAACUACGCCAAGUGGGUACAGGUUCUGAGCGUGCUCAGUGAAGUGGCUCACACUUGUGAGCUGGGCCUAUCGGACCCUGUGGCCGUGGCUGAAAUGACCCUGCGUCUGGCGGCCAUAUUGGAGGGCGGAGCUGACGCCCUGCUGAAGUCUGGGAAGAAGACAGCCUCCUCUGAAGAUGCCAGCCUGAUUUCGGCCUCCAGCAUCCUGCAGUGCGACGUGCCGCCCGUUUUUAAGAGGCCCAGGGCUGAGCAGCUGCGGGCGGUGUGGGAGGUGGUGGAGAGGGGUGUGGAGGGCGUGUCCCGCAGUCGGGCCCGCCUCCUCGCGCACGAACGUACCGCCACCCGUGACUCCGCCCACCUGCAGUCAGGAGUGGUGGAGUCAGAGGGCGGGGCAAGUGGAAGGAGGAAGCCCCAGGACACUUCCUCGAUCACCUCCUUAAUAAUGGACCUUCAUCUGGAGCUGCUGGCAGUACAACACAGAGUGUUCCUCAAGCUACUCGACGCCUGCCCGGAUCGCCCCCCGCCCGACCGGACGGGGAGGAACGGGGUCUCCAGGGCCGUGCUCCUCAUGCAGGAGGCCCUGCUCACCCGCGAGAAGGACCGCGGCAGCCCGGCUCCCAAGGACCUGCUGGAGGACGCCGCCCGCCUGAUGGAGAAAGCGCAGGAGGAGGAGAGACGGCUGGCCAAUGGCGGGGCUUGGAGGGCUGAGACGGGCAGGGCGGCCCCGCCCCCCAUCCUGCUGUCCCGCACGCACCGGUCCAUGAGCUUCGCCCCUGCGCCCUACGCCCCGGGCAAGCAGGUGUGCUGGUACGCCCUCUACGGACGCGAGGCCACGGGGGUCAGCCCGAAGGCGCGCCUGGGAGACUGCCACCUGCUGGGCACAGGAGAAGAGGUUCCUGCCCCAGGGGGGUGUGUGCUGCGAGUGGAGGGCCUGGAGCCCAACAGGAAGUACGUCUUCGCCGUGGCCGCCUACGACGCCCAGGGGAAGCUGGUGGGCGGGUCCGUGGGAGAGAGCACCGCGCCCCUGCUGGCCUCCCUGCCCCUCCCCCUGCCGACCGCCUGGGCGCACCUGGCGCAGGCGGCGUAUCGGACUGGGCACUACGUGCUGGCCAAGAAGGCGUGCGGCAAGCUCUGGGACUACAUUACCCAGGGUCCCCUUCCUGAAACCAGGGCAGGCGGCAGCUCAGAGGGGCUCGCCCAGACCAGGCUGAAGGAGGAGGCCCUGGCCCAUGCCUCCCCUAUCCUGCAGCAGCUCCUCCUCACCUCCAUCUUCAUAGCGACAGACAUUCGCAUCCAGGAGGGGGCGCUGUACUGCGAUGCGCUAAUCAAUGGAGGCUCUCCCGUAUGGGGACAGGAAGCCAGGCUGGCGGAGUGCGAGCGCAUGCUGGUGGCGGUGGACCUGGCCCUGAGGCUCAAGGAGGAGAGCGCCGCCCUGCAGGGCGUGGUGGGGUGUUACGGGCUGCUCUCCCCGCUCAUAUACCACCAGAUCCCGUCUGAGAGCGGGGUGCAGGUCCUGCUGAAGUGUCUCGCUGUGCUGCUGGAGAUCCCAGGAGUUCUCAGACACAAGCGGCCGGCUGCCUCUGCAGAGCCUCUCCUGCACAUGCUGGCAUGCAUCACCUUCUACUUAGCUAAGGUGCUGCGUACCUGCGGGGAGCCCCACCUGGCCUCAGCAGUGAUCGAUCAGGGGAAGAGCCUCCUGCUGGAGGUCACUGAGGGCGUGGCCACGCAGGCAGGAGCGAUCAAGCCCCUCCCAGGUGGACAGGAUGUGGCUCCGGGGGAGCGGCCCCAGAAGAAGACGGGCUGGGGCCUGGAGGACGAGGAGCCCAGCGCGCAGCUGAGGGCCCUGGAGGCCGGCGUGCUGGAGAACGCCCCAGCAGCCACGGCACAGCCCCAGGGCACGGGCGUCCAGGACCUGACGGGCCAGGAGGACUUCAUCCUGGUCUACGGCCUCGUCUGCACCAGACCCCCCCAGACGGCCUUCAGAGACGUGAUGAAGAUGAAGAGGAGGGCCUUCUUCCUGGAGCUGGCCGUGCCGCUCCUGCAGAGGGCGCUGCGGGAGGACCGGCUGGAGCAUGUGCUGGAGUGGGGACAGGGCGUCCUGAGCUGGCUCUGCAGACGGGACGAGGGUAUGACGGGGUUGAAGAAGAUCUCCACGACAGAGCUGAGGGGCCAGGGCGGGGCCGAGGACGAGUCCAAGAAGUACACGUCAUCCGUCAUCGAGUACAACAAGAAAACAAAGACCAGCACCGCCACCGCCGCGGACAGGAAGAGGAAGGACCGUCACCAGAGGAAACAGACCGGCCUUCUGAAGCCAGAGCUCACCGAGAGGGAGAUUGAGGCGCUGGACGUCCUGCUGACCCUCCUGCCCCCCCUCCUGCGCCGGGCUCAGCGUCGGAGGCGCCUGCGCCGGGUGUGUGCUGACGAGCGGCCCGGCCGUUGCCAUGUCAACCUCGGCGUGGCCCUAAGUCACAUGAUCCUGCUGCGCAGGAAUCUGGAGCAGAGACUGCCAUCUGCUGGCCAGCACAGGUACAGCCGGCUGGACCCCUCCCUCUUCUCUCUGGCCCACUGUGGCGUUGUGGUGUCCCGGGGCGGUGCACCCCAGGGCAGCGGGGACCCCCAGCUCCCGCCCCCCUCUGCCAAGCCCACCCUUCCGCCCAGUUUGGGAGCACCCCCACAGCAGGACGGGGAAAAGGGGAAAAACAGCAGCGGGGAGGAGUCCAGCCAGACGGGGAGUGAGGAGGAGAGCGACGCAGACACGCCCCGCACCCAACUCACCAAUGAGCAAGGCCCCGGUGGGCCGUCCCUUCUCUGCGCCACGCCCACCGGCGCCAGCCCCUCCCACUUCAUACAGACCCUGGACAAGGCGCUGCUGCAUUUUAGGAGAGCUAUGGUCCUGGCCCAUCGAGGGGGUCUCUGGACGUCUCUGCAGUGGGUGUGUCGGGUGCUGUGGGACCACGCCUCCGCGGUAGCCUCACUGGUGGAGCAGGGCCACGCCCCCCUGUCCCCAGAGCAGCUGGACUCCGCCCUCACACCCCUGCUGGCCCUGGCCACAGACCUGCUGAUGGACAUGAUGCACAGACUGCAGAUGUGGAAGCUGUUUGAGAGUGGGGCGGAGCCGGGGGCGGAGCCGGAGGCGGCAGGGGGCGGGGCCGGGCCCGACCCAGCCUGGCUGCGCGCGCUCGCCCUGCGCGGCCUGGAGCUGCUGGCCCGGCGGGAGAAGUGGGAGUCCCUGGCCCACCUGGCGCUGCUGUUCAACCGCGUCACACGAGAGAGCUACAGUCAGGCGGGCCGGGUGUUUAAUAGACUGUUGGGUGGCUGUUCCAGAGAGAGCUACAGUCAGACGGUGACCCCGCUCCUGCUGCACGCCCAGAGGAGGCUGCGGGACAGGAUCGUCCGUUUGGGGGGGCCCCCCGUCCCGCAGCCGCACUUCACCCGCACGGAGGCCGUCGCCGGGGAAAAGGUCACCUGCAGGAACUACGGCGACGUGCAGCUGCUGCUGACCGGGGGGCUCCCCAAAACGACGGCCGAGACCUCAGAAAGUCAGAGGGCUCAGGUGCUGGUGUGUGUGCCUCUGGACGUGACGGACACUCUGCGCACUUUCCGGGAGACUCUGGGGAGAAGGCCGUAUGUUCUACAGACCCUACAGCACAGUGAAACCCUGCUGCUGCUGCUGCUGGCCAACACACAGACCCGUUUUGGGGUCCCCUCCUGCCUGGCGGGUCAGUCCCAGGGCAGGGUGGGGUUCAGGCCGGCAGCCAUAGCCCCCCCUGACCUGUCUGAGGAGGACUUCAGCAGCCUGGACUCAGUCUACCACUGCACCCUCCCCCCGUCCCAGCUACAGGCCGUCAUCUCGUCCUACACCAGCUCCAUCGAGUAUCUGGAGGCGAAUAAGCAGAACUCUCUGAGGGUCCAGGCACUGCACGACCUGGGAAACCUGCACUAUUACUGUGGGAACAAACGGGCAGCACAGACGCACUGGAGCAGGGCUCUGGACUGUGCGCUGCAGUGCACGGGGGUGUUGGGGUCCUGGGACGGGGCCUCGUGGGGCAGCGCCCCCCCCAGGGAGGCUCUGCGCCAGGCCGGGGUCUGGGGCUGCCUGCAGGGGGCCGUGCUCAGCGCCAAAAUCGCGCAGUUUGUCCUGACCUCUGACCUCAGCCAGCGGACCCACUGCAGUCUCCUGUCUGCCCGGCUCUUCAAGCUCGUGCUGACGGCCUCUCUGCCCCACCCUGAGGCAGACUGGCAGUACUGCGCCUAUGAGCUGGGCUCUGAGCUGAUACCGGGUCUGGACCUGUUCUCCAGUCCCGCCCGGGUCCACGCAGGCGCCACUGCCUCCAGCCUGGCCUUCCUGUGCCACUGGCUCUACGGCUCUGGCCACUACCUGAAGGUCCUGCCCUUGCUGUCGCUGUAUCUCUACCUUGUGGGGACUGUGUGUGGAGACCCAGACCGCACCGCUGAGGGCAGAAUCCUCAGAGUUCAGGUACUGACGGAGCUGGGUUUCUACGGAGACGCUAUGAGGGAGCUGGCCUCUCUGAGACCGGGAGAGAGGACCCCUCAGCCCCACGGCACCUUCAUCUGCACAGAGCACACGGCAAAGAAGAUAUUUGACACCGGCAAACCCCUCCUAGACCCAUCUAACCUACAGGCCGUGGAGGAGCUGGUGAGCGGGGGCCAGGGGUCGGAGCUCCCUGCUCUCUAUCGCCCCCUCCUGGUGUGGAGGCUGACCCUGGCCAGAGCCCAGCUCAUCCUGGCCCUGUGCCAAACCAUCCCCCAUUUCCCAGAACCACAAGAAACAGGUGAUCCAGAGGGCCCGGCUCAGGAGACCCCCGCUGACCCCGGCUCGCCCGCUGGUGAGAACAAGGGGCGCCCCCCUAGCAGCGAACCCCAACCCCCUCCCGCCUCCUCCCCCGCCGAAAGACCCACGGAGCCCCCCCGCCAGCCGCCGGACCCCACCAGGGGUGCUCUGACCCCCGUCACACUCAAGGCUUCAUUGCUGGAUGAGGCCGCUCGUGUUCUGACCUCCGUGCUGCAAAGCCUCCGGUCAGCAGGGGGCGGUGUGGAGGAGCUGGAGCUGGCUGUAGAGACCAGGCUGCUGCUCUCCGCAGUGUACCUGGAGCAAGGCAAGUGUGCCUGCAGUGCAGACCUGGCGGUGUCUGCUCUGCAGCUUCUCCAGGAUACCCACGAUCAGGACGGGAAACCCCACCCCACUGACUGGCUGGCCACACUGUCAACUACACAGGCGCGUGUGAUAGAGGCAGACCCCAGUGACGUUCCCCAGGCUGUGGAGGCCAGAGAGCGGCUGAGCAGGGCUCUGUGGCUGCGCUGCCGCCUGGCUCUGCUCAGGGCCCUGGUGGCUCACAUCCCUGGGACUGCCAUACACCCAGGUGUGGACAGCAGUACUGAGGCUGCCAGGCUGCUAGCAGAGGGCCUGCAGGAGGCUGAGGCUUGGGGAGACCCUGACACCCGCGCCCUCCUGCUCCACCAGGGGGUGCUACUGCACACACACCGAGGGAGACCCCGAGAGGACAUCACCUCCCAGCUACAGGAGGCGGUGGGUCUGCUGUCUGGAUGCCGCUCUCUGUCCCCCGGCUCCUCCCUCACCCUGGCAACCAGCGCCCUGCAGCUGAGUGACCUGAGGAGAACUGGCAACCACAGCCUCCUGCUCCUCACCCAGGAGCUGCUGCAGCAGCAGCUCUGUGAUCUGGGGGAGUCUGUGCUGGUCGGGGAGGACUGUCGAGUGCUCCUGACCGCCACCCCGGGUCUAAAGAACAUCUACUUGCCACAGCUCCCCCUGCUGGCCAGGGCCACCAUGCGGCUGGGCCAGCAGGUGGCGCUGCAGGCUAAGUCUCAGCCUGGCACGGACGGCAGCCAGUGGCUCUCCGCACAGAAAGUCCUUGAUUCAGCUCUGCAGAUCGCCAGGGCAACGGUAGCCAGGGAUUUUGACCUGGAGACGGAUAUUCUUUACUGCAAGGGUCUGGUGGAGCGCUCUCUGGCUUCCCUUCGUCUGCUGAAGCCUCAGGCCGCCUCAGAGACCUUUCUUCACAUCGUCAGCGUCACUCCACCUCACAGUCACACGCUGCAGCUGAUCCGUAGCUGUUAUCUGGAGAUGGCGAGCCUAUAUAUGCUGCAGUGGGAGCAGAGUUCCUGCAGUACCCAGGACCAGCAGAGCCCCGCCCCUCCCUGCACACCCAAACAGCAGAAGUCUGCAGGCUGGCAGAGGGCUCGGGUUACCCUGGACAGAGCUCUGACUGAGAGGGAACUGCAGCUGCUGCACUGCUGGGUCUGUGUGAGAGCUGCUAACCAGGUGAGCGGGGCGCACACGGAGCGCACCCAGCUGUGCGGUGUCACAGCCGCCCCCGGAGGCCCCCUGCAGCCGCCGGACGUGCGGAACCUGCCCAGCCUGGCGACCGGCGACCUGCUGGCCUCCUGCGGAGGGGCGGAGUCAGCGAGAAACCUCUGUGGCUCCUCCCCGCUGCCGGGGACAGCGGGCUCGCAAUGCUCCGAAAUCACCUGGGUUCACCUGGCCCGUUACCACGGCCACAUCCUCAACCUGCACAGCAUCGCCACUCACCCAGUCCCAGACAGUGUUGAGGGCCUGUGCUCUGUGGCGAUGGGGAACAGUCUCACUUUGAGACUGGCUCAGCUUCACACGCUGUUCAGCUCCCUCCUGCCCUCCUACAGGGGGCGCUGCUGUCCCCCCAAACCCCCCACCGUCCUGCUGCAGCCCCACGGCACACAGUCCAGGGCAAGGGAGGAGAGCUUCCCCUGGGCCUGUGCAGACGAGCAGCAGCUGUGCCUCCAGUGGCACUGGCCCGCACUGGACCUGUCUCAGGAGAACCAGAACACGGUCGUGCUCCUGUUCGCGCUCAACCAGGCGCCCGUCUCCGCCCUGAGGCCCGCCCCCGUCAGUCUGUCCCAGCUGCGGUGUGGACGGCGCCGGCUGUCCCGGGACAGACUGAACGCGCUGCAUGCUGAGCUGUGCUCUCUCUGCGCGGAGGCCUACGUCUCAUCCCCUAACCCCGGCCCAAAGCCCUCCAGAGCCCCCGAAAAAGAGGCGCCGCUGGACCCCCUUUUACAGGAAAGGAGCAGGCAGUGCUGUGGUCAGAUCAGUACUCUGCUGCAGGUGACCAAGGAGGCGGCGGCCAUCUCUGAGGUCCCCUUUGAGCCCAGCCUGCGGAACCUGCGUGAUCUGGAGCGCUGCUUCAACCCCGGGGGAGGAGCCUCGCUGUCGGGGGGGGCCGUCGUCCAAUGGCUGGCCUCCCUGCUGCUCUGAGCGACCCUCACUUCCAACUGACGCUACAGCAAAGAGAGGCUUCUGAACGCACUGCUCCCUUAUUAUCGCACACUGACUCUGUGUCCAAUCAGAACGCACUCAAAUUACACAAUUCAUUAUGUUCGAGACGCUUUCAUUGACUACAUCCGCUCCAGAGUUACCUGAUAUUCAUUAACAGUCCAAACACCAUUCAUUCCUGUUAUCAGUACCUGGAAAUAUAUUUUUUAAAACCAUCCCAGCGCUUUACACGAACAGAAUAAGAUGAGAUGUAUUAGAAUGCUGUUCUGCCAGUCAAGCUAGCCAUUUCUACCACUUAGACUGAUGAAAGCUAUCAUGCUAUUUAGAGAGCUACCUAACCCAGUAUGCAUUUCUGUUUGAGUGACUGACUAGAUAACUAGCAGCCUAAACUUUAAAUAAGUAGCUACUUAUCUGUUUAGAUAGCAAGCAAACCAGCCGAUAAUUACUGUCAGGCCAUCCAGUGUUUAUCCUGUUGAGCGAAUAGUCCCUAUUUGUGUUGCUUCCUUAGCAGAACUGAAGCACUGUCCUGUAUCAAAGACUAGGACUAUUGUUUCCUCUCAGAAUAAAUGCAGUCUAAAGCUGA